UUCACGGAUGCAUCGUUGACAUAUUUUGACCUGUUUGUUGAUCAUUUUGAUAUAUAAGUGGUGUUUCUGGGAGUAACAAUGGAAUACAGCAGAUUUGAGAUUCACUACGGCCUUGCUUUCAUUUUUCUUGCCCUCCUCCCCGUCUAUGGAGACGUGAGUUACUCUGUUCCGGAAGAAAUGAACCGUGGAUCUGUAAUCGGAAAUAUUGCAAAGGAUCUGGGACUUGAUUUGGGCAGACUGUCCGCUCGCAAAGCCCGAAUUGAUACAGAGGACAACAAUGUUAAGUACUGCAGUGUAAAUCUGAAUACUGGGGACUUGAUUGUUCAAGAAAGGAUUGAUAGAGAAGGGCUUUGUGCGAAAAAGGCAUCGUGUGUUCUAAAACAGGAACUCGUUAUGGAAAAUCCAUUAGAACUGCACCGUAUUAGUAUCCGUGUUCAGGAUAUUAAUGAUAAUUCACCACAGUUUAAGGAGGAUUCACUUAAGAUUGAAAUUCAAGAAUCGGCAGUCAAGGGCUCGCGCUUUCUGCUAGAUGAAGCACACGAUGGAGAUAUCGGAGAAAAUGCUGUUCAGGGCUACUCACUUCAAGAGAACGAACAUUUCAAACUGAACGUUAAGUCAAAAGGCAGUGGAAGAAAAUAUGGGGAACUAGUCUUAGACAAAGAAUUAGACAGAGAGGACAAAAACGAGAUUAUGCUGUUGCUUAGCGCAUUUGAUGGUGGCUCUCCUCAGAGAUCAGGCACUGUGGUCAUACACGUCACUGUCCUGGAUGCUAAUGAUAAUGUACCAGUGUUUAGCCAAACCGUCUAUAAAGCCAGUCUGCCUGAAAACUCUCCUCUAGAUACACUGGUGAUCACAGUGAGUGCAACUGAUGCAGACGAGGGAGUGAACGGUGAAGUUACUUACGGAUUUGAUCAUGUUUCAGAUGAACACCAUGUUUUCUCUUUAAACUCUAAAACCGGAGACGUUAGAGUGGCUGGAGCCAUUGAUUAUGAAAAAGAAUGGUCUUAUGAAAUGCAGAUCAGCGCCAAAGAUGGUCUGGGAUCGGCGUCAUAUGCAACUCUAAUAAUUGAAGUUACUGAUAUGAAUGAUAAUGCCCCAGUUAUAUAUCUGAAAUCACUGUCCAACCCCAUACCUGAGAACGUGUCACCUGGUACAGAGGUGGGCAUCAUUAACGUGCAGGACAGAGACUCAGAGAAUAACAGACAGGUCCGCUGCUCCAUUCAGCAGAAUGUCCCUUUUAAGUUGGUUCCUUCUAUUAAAAACUAUUAUUCUCUGGUGACCACAGGACAACUGGACCGUGAACUAGUGUCUGAUUACAACAUUACAAUCACUGCCACUGACGAGGGCUCUCCACCUCUGUCCUCCUCUAAAACUGUUGAGUUAUCUGUAGCUGACAUCAACGACAACCCACCUGUGUUUGAGGAACAGUCGUACAGCGCAUAUGUGACUGAAAAUAACAAACCUGGCUCCACUUUAUGUUCCGUUACUGCUCGAGACCCCGACUGGAGACAAAACGGUACAGUGAUUUAUUCUCUGUUAGCUGGUGAGGUGAACGGUGCCCCGGUGUCCUCCUAUCUGUCUGUUAACGGAGACACGGGGGUGAUCCACGCUGUGAGGUCGUUUGAUUAUGAACAGUUCAGGAGCUUUAAAGUCCACGUGAUGGCCAGAGACAACGGUUCUCCUCCGCUCAGCAGCAACGUGACCGUGAGUGUCUUCAUAUCAGAUGUGAACGACAACUCUCCUCAGAUACUGUACCCCGCCCCGGAGGGCAACUCCUUCAUGACCGAGCUGGUCCCCAAAGCUGCACACGGAGGCUCUCUGGUGUCCAAAGUGAUAGCGGUGGACGCGGACUCCGGACAGAACGCCUGGCUGUCCUAUCAUAUAGUGAAAUCCACUGAUCCGGGACUUUUCACUAUUGGUCUCCACAGCGGAGAGAUCAGGACACAGCGGGACAUUUCUGAAUCUGACAGCAUGAAACAGAACCUUAUUGUGGCAGUGAAAGAUAACGGACAGCCCUCUCUCUCUGCCACCUGUUCCAUGUAUUUACUUAUUUCUGAUAACUUGGCUGAGGUGCCAGAACUGAAGGAUAUUUCUUAUGAUGAGAAGAAUUCCAAACUGACCUCUUACCUGAUCAUCGCUCUGGUGUGUGUGUCCACCUUUUUUCUGACUUUCAUCAUCAUCAUCCUGGGUGUGAGGUUUUGUCGCAGGAGAAAGCCCAGACUGUUGUUUGACGGAGCAGUCGCCAUCCCCAGCGCUUAUCUCCCUCCUAAUUACGCAGAUGUUGACGGCACAGGAACUUUACGCAGCACUUACAAUUAUGACGCGUACCUGACAACAGGUUCUAGAACCAGUGACUUUAAGUUCGUGACAUCUUACAAUGACAACACACUUCCUGCUGACCAGACUCUGAAGAAAAGUCCAACAGACUUUACUGAUGCAUUCGGAGGUUGUGAUGUUUCUCCCGAGAUUUAA